AUGAGGAAUGUAAUUCUGGCCACAGGUUUGUGCUUGUUAUCUUGGAAGUUAGUUGUCAAACUUCGAACACACCACAAUCAGAAACGGUUAACAGUUAAGCGAAGACAAGUCGAACAAAAUGUCGAAAAAAUUAGACAAAGUCUGUCGAAUUUGCCAACGUCAGUCACACACACAAUUUGUAACGAAAGCUUGUCAUAUUUAUCUGAGCAGAUCAAGUUGGGAAGUUUAGAACCUGCUGAUGUACUACAUGCUUUUCAGCUCAAAGCGUUGGAGUUGUACGAUAACGGAAAUUCAGGUAUUUGUGAAUUCAUUUUGGAGGCAGAAGAGAAUGCUGUUAACAUGAUAUCGUCAUCGGACAUCGAUAAAGAAUCACAGCUGUAUGGGAUUCCUAUCAGCAUGAAAGAGAUUUUUACGUUGAGUGGUUAUGAUAGUACUUUGGGUGUUAUUAAACGCUGUAAUAAACCUAUGAGCGAUGACUGUGUUCUCGUGAAAGUACUCAAGAGUGUUGGUUCAAUCCCCUUCGUAAAUACUGUGACCAGUCAGCUAUGUCUCACAUUGGAUAGCUUUCACUGUGUUUAUCGUGAGGCAAAACAUCCAAUGAAUUCGUCGAGAAUGCCUGGUGGGAGUUCAACGGGGGAAGCUGUACUAUUGGCGUUGAAUGGUUCUCCAGUUGGUAUUGGUAGUGAUAUUGCUGGUAGCAUCCGUAUCCCGUGCGCAUUUAACGGGAUUCAUGGAUAA